GAUGAUGGUCUUUCUGCCUUGAAUUUGAUACAGCUGAAGAGUUUAUGUUCGGCAUCUUCUUCUUCAGUGCUGCAAACGGAGCAUAAACUCAAAACAUUUUAUUUUAAUGGGGUAACAAUAUAAUAACUAAUCUAAUAACAAUCUAACAACCAAUUUGUCCUGUGUGAAUACAAGAAACAUUAACUAGUUCGGUUGUGUAUAUUAAAAUGAAUCCGUUAGUUCCUGGUGAGGCAAAAAAUUCAGACAUAUUAAACAAGAUUUGAGAGAUUACAUUCUCUGUUCUGGGUAUCAAUUGUUCAGCCUUGUUACACCAUGAAAAUGCACUGCAGAAAGGCCAGGAUAACUUACAUAUAAUGAAUCGAACCAGAAUUCAAACUUUUUGUACAAUUCCCAUCUUAUUUCUUCAGAUAUUCACUUGUCUCAUCUAGAGCUCACUUUUUACAGGGACAAACAUUCAAAAUCAAUUUUUUUUUUUUACUUCUAAAGACUCGCCAUCAUAUUUGAGAAUAAUACUGACAUGGGUGUAUGGUUGAACUUUUUGAACAUCAAUCAAUGACAGAUCAUGGCUCCUAAACUUGUUUGUGGUGGCGUCUUACCGUGGUCCUGGGUUUAAAUCUCACCCUGAAUUCAAAUUCAACAUAUUUAAGAAUAGUUUUUUUACCCCAAAAAACACCAAAUCCAUGGGGGUUAAUAUGCCCACAUAGUUGUCAAUUACUUGUUACCAAAAACUUGUUUGUUUAGUACAGAGAUAGAUUUUAGAGAUAGAUUAGAUUCAUAAGGAAGAUGAAUCUAUGAUCAAUGGUCUGCCCAUUCUCACUACUAGUUUGUGUCAAAUAUGAAAAACUAUUUAGCUAGUUUUCCUAAAAUAGUCAUUAAAUGUUGAUUUAGUCGUGAGAUCUAUGGAGUUACAAAUUUCUUGGUUAUCUCUGACCAUUUUGGUCUGCCUACUCUUGCUGUUUUGGUCUUCAGGAUAAUAUAAACAAAAGAUAGUACAUUCAUGUAAAGAAAAUAAGAGUAUGUAAACUGUGGUUUACAGGUCAGAUCAAAAUGAUCGAAAAUAUUUAUUUGUUUUUUAAUGCCCGUUUGUUCUGUAGAGUAUUGUAACAUAUAUUUCAUUUAUUGGGAGGAAGGGGAGGAUAAAAAAAAUAAGGCCAGAGGCGAUGAUGGGUACUGAACCCUCGACUGCGGGGUCUAUGAACUGAGAGUAACACACUGACCAGUAUGAAUAUUUAAAGGUGAAUAAAAAAUUAGCUCCAGAACGUACCGUAGAUGAUCAGCUGAAAGCUUUCAUGUCCGAUGAUGUCGAACUGGACUGUUUCAAGAGUGACAUAGCUUUCCUCAAGGAAGAAAUUGCCCAGAAAGAAAAGUUGUUAUUGCACCUGACUUCGGCGAAGGCAGUUAUCAGUGAACAGUUGAACCAACUAGUUGAAUGUGAGAAAGAAAAUAAAACCGAGUGUUUGUUGAAGAAUGAGAUUGACAGGUAUAAUGCCAAUUGUCAACUGUACAAUCAGGAGCUGUCAAACCUACAAAACAAUCUCACUUCUCUGAACGACAUCAUUAUGUCAGUAAAUCAUAGUAACAACCAACAUUUUGUUAUUUGCCAAAGCAUGCUGGUUGGAGAAUUUCUACAAUAUUUGCAAGCGUUAUUUAAUUAUAUGAAAAACAUCAAGGACUUGCAGUAUUUAAAAGAAGAAAAUGUGAUCGAUAAUGUUGAUACUUUCUUCACAAGCUCAGAAUACAUAAAUGAAAGGCAGUUUAUUGUUCUUACAGGAAUGGCUAAGACUGAAAGGGAUAUAAUGUUAUUACAGGCCGACAUUUCUGGUAUGGAUAGUGCUAUUGAUUAUAUAGAUAAAUGUAAUCAGAAGGAUGAUAAUUGGUUUAACAAAGUCGAUAAAGAGUCUAAUGAGAAACAAAACAUGCUGGAAUGUCAUCAGCACGAAAUCGAUGAUCUUUGCGAGAAGCAUGUUAAAAGGAUUUUUAAGAAAAAGCAACUCGAUGCUGUCCAAGACAGGAAGUCAAAGUUAGAGAGUGUCAUUAAAAAAAUUGAAGAAUUUGAAUCGAUCGUCAAGCCGAUGAAACUGUACUCGGACUGUUUUUUAUAUAUAUUGAAAUGUGAUUGGCGAUGGUUGAAAUUGAUAAUGGUUUUUCUGAAAGACACAUUUCAAUGUCUUCAGGAUGUUGUCGACCAUUGCAAAAGAACAAAGGAACAAUUGCACAGACUCAUUGUACAGCAGGAGCUGUCAGUUGGCACAUGCGACACACUUCUGUCCUUAACCCUCGGAGAACUUUUUUGUACAACACAAUAUAACCAGAUAGAAAAAUUAAAUUUACAAGUCAAGAAUGUAAACCUCAGUUUAGCUUCAAAAGAAGAAAACGUCUUUAAACACGUGAACGAUUUAAUAUCUUCAACAAACGAUAUAUUGAAUUAUACCAAAAGUGUUGAUAACUACUUGCACAAAGGUGCUACAAGGUUACCUCUUGUGUCGCCAUUUUUAAUGCCAGUAUUGCACAAAUUGAAAGAUAACAUCAAAAAUUUUGGAGCCAGUGUUCAAAGUUUAACAAAGAAAUAUGAAAGUUUCAAAAUGGAAUUGGAAGAAGACAGUUCGAAAAAAAAGUUAUUCCAUCUUUGGUCAGAUUAUCUCAACAAUCAAUUCUCUGUUGUGGAAGAGUUAGUCAAAUUGGAACACGCAGUAUCUAAAAUAAUGCAGUGAAUUGGCUACAUAAUUACGGAUUUUUACAUAUUAUUAUUUAUUUGAAAAAUGUUAAAAAAUAUAUUGUAUGUAUUAUAAAAAUUAUGAAUGAAA